AUGUGUAAAUCAAUUAAGGAUGCUAGAAAUCUUUUCAAUGGGUUAGAAGCGUUGUAUAUCCAUUUUUCAAUCCCAUCAAAAAAUAUGAUGUUGGUUGAUAUACAAGAGAAACUUGGAAUUAAAAAAACAAAACUAUGUUCGAUUAGUGAUACAAGGUGGUCUUGCCGUUUUAAAAACUGCAAAAUGGUGAUGGAACAUUAUUCUUCUAUAAUAAAAGUUUUAAAAUAUGAAAUAGAGGAAAAUACUGACAAAAACGUUGCAAAUGCUAUAGGAAUCCUGUACACAAUGGAAAAAACUUCAUUUCUUGAAAAGACUGCAACGUUGAGUAAAGCAUCUCAAGUAAUAGAUUCUGUUAUUGCUACCCUAGAAGCUAAUCGCUGUGAAGAACAUUUUUUAACAAUUUGGACUCAAAUAACUGAAUUUUGUACAAAAAACCACAUACUGUUGGAGAUAUCCAUGAAUGGAUCUAAGAGAAAAAGAACACAGCCAAAUAAACUAAGUAAUUAUAUAACAGAAGUAAAUACUGGUGAAAGUGAAGAGCAUAGCUCAAAUGAUAUUAUGACAUGCUAUCGUGUCAAAUAUUUUAUUAUUUUGGACACUGUAAUAAUGAAUCUUAAAAUAAGAUUUUCAAAAGAAAGUAUGGAGUUGGCUAAAAGUGUGGAUGGCUUUUUAAUGUUUGACUAUUCAAAAAGCCUUACAUUUAUAAACCAUUAUAAAAAUUUAUUGAAUAUCGAUUUGGAAAGUUUGAAGGCAGAAAUGAUGGUAGCACAAAAUCUUAAAAAACAAUCUACCGAUAAUAAAAUGAUGACACCUGCAGAAAUGGCUGAAAUUGUAUCACCUAACACUUUUCCAAACUUGUAUAAAUUGUUGAACGUAGCUUAUACAAUUCCUAUUAGUAGUGCCACUUGUGAAAGAGCAUUCUCUGCUAUGCGGCGGGUAAAAAAUUGGCUACGUUCAACAAUGUUACAAGACCGUUUUUCAAAUUUAUCUUUACUAAGCAUUGAAAGAGACUUAACUAAUAACAUAGACAGCGAUACUGUCUUAGAACAUUUUAUAGCUAAUAAUAAAAAUAGACGGAUAGAUCUUAAUAUUGUAACUACAGAUGGUGGCAGAAAUAUGAGUGGAAUUAUUAAAGGAUUAAUUGGGAGAAUAAAUGCAAAAAUGGUGGAAGAAAGACAUGACGCACCUAUGAUAUUUCAUUGCAUCAUACAUCAAGAGGCAUUAUGUUGCAAAGUUUUAGCAUGGAAAGAUGUAAUGAAUUUACAUGAAUUUUUGUAA